GGCAAUGGGAGACCAAGGUCCCUCCUGUCCCAGUGAUAACACACACUCUUAAUGCACCCUUCAAUAGACUCCUCCAGUGGUGCCAUCCAACUUGUCAUCUGGAACUUUGGAAUGCCAAAUAGUUUCAGCUCCAGCGCUUGUAAAGAUUAUUGAUGCUUGGACACCCUUGAAUUACGAACCAUCCGGCAACACUGAGCUAAUGAGAUGAGGCACUCCAGUGUCAUUUCUUUUCUUUUUUUGCUGCACUGCCUGGGUACUUUACAAAGCGUGCUGGGCAAAUCUGACAAAACAGCCAACAAGAAAACAGACCUUCAAGCCUUUGGGCGCUCGGGGCAGUUUACAACCAAACACAAACACGUGUGCACUUGGGAGAUUGUCGGUGACGCAAUUGUAAGCCUGUCAUUAAUUUGUAACGAGACAACCAGCAGCACCUACAACUGCACGUAUGAAGGGGAGCCCCAGAGAUGCCCUUUGUAUGCUACAAAAGCCAAGCAGUACUGGAAACAAAUCCUGGGGAAAUUUAGGAAAAUGAAAAAUACAUGCGAAGACAAAACUUUAAAAGCGCGUUUGUGUAAAAAAUCAGAAGGCGUGCAAUCCCAGCUGAGCAAAAUCGAAAGCGAUGCUGCUGCAGAAUUGGAAAAGGGAAAAACCAAAGGGAAGGGUCGCGUGAAAGAAAAAAGUAAGGGGCUGGAAGGAGGUCCUGUUAACCCAGAAGCCAACGAAAAUGCUGGUGCAGAAAAGAAACCAGGUGGCAAAAAGAAGAAGCAUGACUCAAAAUUGCAUCCACACCCAUCCACUUUGCCACCCAUGCCUGACGUCACUACAGCCAGAGAGGUUAAUGAUGAUAUUAUAGAGCAGAACGAGAAUCUGGCAGAUACCUACUGUGAAGAGAAGUGGCAUUCAUUGUGCUCUUUACUUGUUAAUUUCUGGAAUGGCUAAAUCAAAGCUCGACAUGUGGUAGAAAUGUGGCACUGCUGAGCUUUUUUAAUUCAAGGCUAAAGCAAAGAAAUUCCCAACUAAUUCCUUUGGACGUCUUAUUAGCUAACUUAACUGACAAAUCCCCCAAUACAUAAAAAUACAAGUGUAGACUUGUUUGUAUUUAAAACAAUUGCAGACAGACCUGAUUUAGCUUACUUUGUACUUUUUAUACUACAACUAGUAGAUCAUUGUAUUGUGUUGUAUUCUUUUGAAAAAAUAUUAAUGUUCAUGUCUGCUAUACAGUAAAGAUACAUUUUAUUAAAAUAAACAUUUGGUAUGUAAUAA